GAGCCGGCCGGCGGCGCGGUGCGGAAGCGGCGGGGCUCGGCGGGCGCAGUGCUGGGCAGCGGGUACAGUGCUGGGCAGCGGGUGCGGAUUCUGGCGGCGCUGAGGUCCUUGGUCCUCUGGCUCCGGGCGUGGGCGGGAUGACGCGCUUCGCUCUGACCGUGGUCCGGCAUGGAGAAACAAGACUUAACAAGGAGAAAAUAAUUCAAGGACAAGGAAUAGAUGAGCCUCUUUCAGAAACUGGAUUUAAACAAGCAGCUGCUGCUGGUAUAUUUCUUAAAGAUGUGAAGUUUACUCAUAUUUUCUCCAGUGACCUUACAAGGACAAAGCAGACCGUGCAUGGGAUUUUGGAGAAGAGCAAAUUUUGCAAAGAUAUGACAGUAAAGUAUGAUUCAAGACUCCGAGAAAGGAAAUAUGGGGCUGCAGAAGGCAGGCCGCUGAGCGAGCUGAGGGCCAUGGCCAAAGCGGCGGGGGAGGAGUGCCCAGCGUUCACACCGCCCGGAGGAGAGACCUUGGACCAGCUGAAAAGGCGUGGGAAAGACUUUUUUGAAUUUCUUUGUCAACUGAUCCUGAAAGAAGCCGGUCAGAACGAACAGUUUUCCCAGGAAGCCCCGAGCAGCUGUCUGGAAAGUUCCCUGGCAGAGAUAUUUCCUUUAGGGAAGAACUGUGCCUCCACGUUUAACUCAGACAGCGGUGCCCCGGGUCUAGCAGCCAGUGUCUUAGUCGUGAGUCACGGCGCCUACAUGCGAAGCCUGUUGGAUUACUUUCUGACCGACCUCAAGUGCUCGUUCCCAGCGACUCUGAGCAGGUCCGAGCUCACUUCAGUCAGCCCUAACACGGGGAUGACUGUCUUCAUCCUAAACUUUGAGAAAGGAGGCAAAGGGAGACCAACUGCCCAGUGUGUGUGUGUGAACCUGCAGGGCCACCUGGCUGGGGUGAGCAAAACUCCCUAAAUCUGAAUCAUCUGCAUGGAAAUCAACAAAUGUGAGCCUCUGAGGGAGUGCCUCUUGACUUGACUUCCGUCCUCUGCUAAUGCAGAUUUGGAAACAGUUAAAAAGCUGUCCAUUACAGCAGGUUAUAAAACUCGAGUGGAAUCAGAGCCAUGUAAAACACUAAUAGAAAACCAUCCAAAAUGGACUUCUUUGGUGCAAAUACAGUUGGAAUUUUCCAGGGUAAUUUUACCACCCUGCUCAGUGACCUCUCUGUAUUGUAAAUGGAUGAGGGAACUCAGUAUUGUGAAUUGAGGCAUGAAUAACCCUGUUACUAUGGUUUGGGUUUUUUUUUUUUUUUUUUCCCCACCUUUUUAAUUUCUUUUUUUUUUUUUUAAUGUUUUUCUUUUAUGUCUGAAAAAGCUAACUUGUUUUCUUGGUAUGAUACUGUAUUUUUUUUUUUUUUCUUUUGCUGUCUUCAUCCAGUGCUUGGAAGAGGGUGCUUGUAAUUUCCACUCCAUAUUUGUGUGACAGUAUGUUAUAUUCAAAAAGCCCUUAAAGGAAACCUGCUAUCAUAGUUUACGUAAAAGCAAAUGACACUAAAUCUUUACUACGGAAAUCAACUGUUGUAACUGUGGAUUCUGGAGGGUUUGAGAUAUAGAUGAAUGUGGCUUGUAGUUGAAGAACAGUAUAGUGAGGAAGAACCAUCAUCUAUUACAGAAUUUUCAAAGAGGGAAUCAAAGCAGGAGAAACAAAAAGAGCAGACCUUUCAUAUCUAACCUGCGGGCUGAAGAAUUUAGUUUGAACAUGGUGCUUAAGAAAGCACACAGUUGCUGAUUUGCUUCAAAGCAGUGGGGAUUUGUUCAAGAUGAGGUUUCCUCUCUUUUCCACCAGAUGGUGCUAGAGAAAAGGGAUUUGGGUUAUCAUCACCGACUUCACGGACCUGAGUUUGAGCAGGCUCAGGAAGUUGGUGAUGGACAGGGAAGCCUGGCAUGCUGCUGUUGUUGGGGUCUCAAAGAGUCAGACAGGACUGAGCGACGGAACUGAACUGAAAUUCUGUGCAGCAGAUGGGGGUCCCUCUGAAGUUCUCGUCUCCGUGGAGAAAGUGUUUUCCGUGCAGUUCUGCUUAUAAAUAGUCAUGUUGAUGAAUGCUGUGAGCCUCAGCUCACAAGAGGGUAAGACUGAGUCUGUCCGUCACUUAAGGCUAAAGUCACACUUAGACGUGCGUCAGGCUUAGGAUCAUGCGGUCCUCAGUGUGCCAGUGCACCGGUGGCCCGCAGCGGAGGAUGUGGUUGCGCACACAGGGAGCUCACUGCAGACAGCUGGCACGUAAUCAGAAAAGGACAAAUAAUAAAUGCCCACUCCCCCACCCUCCAGAAGUAAUAACUAGCACCCUCCUUUUUUUUAAUAACACACUGGGAUGGAAGUAAAGUUCCUCUAAGCAGUCAUCACUGCCCUGUUCCCUCCUGUUCUCCGCAGAGGCGGCCAGCACCACGGGUCCGCACUCCCACCCAUCCUUCACGUGGCCGCCUGGUAUCAUCGGGGAACGCUGUCAUUCUGGUGUUUUACAAAUGGACACAGCAUCGGUCUAUUCUGACUUCUCACUUCCUGUGUGUAUCUUGGGGCUCUAUCCUGGUGUGUACAGACCAGGUCACUUCCCUAACCACUGUAUUCUGCAGAAUAAGCACAGUACGUUUUAUUUCUUUAUUCUCCCGUCAGUGGAUGUUUUGGUUUAUUUACCAUUUUCUGAAUAGAAACAGUGCUUCAGGGAGUGGCCUUGUGCUGUGUCAGAGAAAGCGUGCAUCCCUGGCCUGACAGGAGCCAGUAUUCUCCAGAACAGAGGUUUUUCAGUAUCACUGGAAGUAUUUCAAAAGCUCCUGGUCUCCACAUCUUUGGCAACACUUGAUUUUGUCUGGUGAAAUUGUGUUAAUCUGAUGAGUGAAGGCUAUGCCCCUGUGUUAAUGAGCUCUUCUGUGACUGCUGGAGUCUGGGCAUUUUUGUGUGUGUGUGUGUCUUGACCAUGUGGUCAAGAGAGGUGUUCCCUCUCUGGCAAGUCAGCAGUCGGCACGCAUCCUUGGUCUGGCUUUCUGUUCGGCUGCGUAGCUUUUUUUUGGUGAGUUAUAGGAGGCCUUGAAGAUGUCCUCCAGUUCACUCAUCUCUUGUGUAUGCCACCAUACGCCUUUUUCAUAUGUGUGUCUUUUUUUAUUUUGAAGUCAAACGGAUAUACCCUAUUGUUUAUGAUUUGGGGGAGUUGGGGGUGUCUUUAAGAAGCUUUUCCUACCAUGAAGUCAUAUCCUAAUCUCCUUUUUCUUACAGUGUUAAGGAGUUUUCUGAAUGUUUCCUCUCUAAAUCAUCUGGAAUUUGUUUUUGAAUACUGUAAAGCCAGAAUUCUGUUUUAGAUAUUUUUUCCCAUGUGGUGAACAGUUACCAAGUCUUUCUUUUCCCAGUUGGUUCCUGAUUCUCAGGCAGACCCCCAUGCACCCACAUGUGCUAGAGGGAGUGGACUUUGCCCCAUUUCAGGGAGCUCUGGAUUCCCAUGCGGGCUUCCCAGGUGGUUCAGCUGUAAAGAAUCCACCUGCAAUGCAGGAGACUUGAGUUCAGUCCCUGGGUUGGCAAGAUCCCCUGGCAAAGGAAAUGACAAUCCAGUAAAGCAAGCUAGUAUACUUGCCUGGGAAAUCCCACGGGCAGAGGAGCCUGGUGGGCUCCAGUCCAUGGGGUCGCAAACAGUCGGACAUGACUUAGCCACUAAACAACAACAAUUCUGUUCCCGUAGGACUGUCACUCUCAGUUACUGCAGCUUCACAGCCAGGUACCCUGCACGGGGAGCAGCUCUAUUCUGUACACAUGUUGGAAUCAGUUCAUUAAUUUCCAGAAAAAUUCUGUUGCAAUUAUAACUGGAAUCGCAUGCCUGUGUUCAAUUAGUCAUUCGGUAGAUAUAUUUUGAGCAUGGCACAUACAUGCCAGGCUGUUACAAGAACUAUUAGAGCUAUUCUAAGAACUGCGAAUAUAUAGUAAUAAACAGAAAAAUAGACCAUCCUUGUGGAAGCCGUACUCUGUCCAGGAAGAUGAACACAGGACCUGUCAGUGGGCUCUUUGCAGUGGAGGGAAAUGAGGCGGGAAGACCCGAGGGAGGCGUGCGGCUUUAUUUGAGGGAUGCCGGGAGGGUUCCCAUAGGUGGGAGCAGAAGGUGGGAUCCAAAGACUGAAAUCAAGAAUGAACUCUGCUCGUCUGUGGGAGGAGACGAGCAACCCAGAUGGAGAUGGGGGGCACAGGGACGGAGGAGGAAGGGUCAAGCUCUGUGUGGGACCCAAGCUGGUGUGGGGGAAGCAGGUACUGGGAAGUCUGGGUGGGCGACAGGAGAAGGGAGCAGAAAGCAGAAGGGAUGAGGGAGGGAGGCCUGGCUUUGUGGCCUGUUGUAAGGGCUGGGGCUCAUCUGCUGAUGGGUUAAUGUCUGAUGGGACCAGGCAGUAACAUGGGGAAGAUCCGUGGUCAGUAGACUUGGUUCAGCUUCUAGUAGUUUUGUGGCUGAGUGAGUCUCUUCAUGUCCCUGAGCUUCUAUUUCCUUAUAUUAAGUGGAGAAUAAUUAUAAUAAAGUGUGUGUGUGUGUGUUGGUAACCUUUUGCUUUUGAUAUGUCAUGCCUACAGAAAAGUGGCAAGAAUAAUACAAGAAACUCCUCAUGUUAAUCUCUUUACCCAGAUUCACCAGUUGCUUACAUUUUGAGCCAUUUGUUUUGUCCUGCAGGCUCAUGUGUAUGUUUUCCCCCUGAAACACUGGAGAGCAAUCUGGAGAUCCCAUACCCUUUCCCCUGCAAAAUUUCAGUGUGUUGAAAGUGUUAGUCACUCAGUCGUGUCCGACUCUGCUACCGCAUGGACUGUAGCCCACCAGGCUGCUCUGUCCAUGGGAUUCUCCAGGCAAGAAUACUGGAGUGGGUUGUCAUUUCCUUUUCCAGGGGGUCUUCCUGACCCAGGGACCAAAUCCAGGUCUCCCGUGUCUCCUGUAUUGCAGGUGGAUUCUUCUGCAAAUUCUUCUUGCAGCCAUCCCCAAAUCACAGUUUGACUGUGAUUACCUUUGUUAUUUUUCUUGAGGUUUGAUGAACUUCUUGUAUCAGUGUGUUCAUUUUCCAUCAGUUUUGGGGAAAUUUCAGUCAUUAUAUCUUCAAAUAUUCCUCAACUUUUUCUGUUCCUUUCCUGGAACUCCACUUACACAUAUUUUGGACAAUUUGAUACUGCCGCACAAAUCACUGAGACACCGGUCAUGAUUUUUUUUAACGUAUUUAUUCUUUCUUCAGAUUAGAGUAUAUGUUGACUUUAUUAUCUUCAAUGGCUAUUUAUCUGCUUAAUAAAUUUAUUAUUUCAGAUAUUGUAUCUUUCAAUUCUUGAUUUCUGCUUGGUUCUUUAUUAUUUCUUUUCUCUGAUCUGUUUAUUCCUUAGUACCAUUCUUUCCUUUUAAAUCCUUAAAUAUAUUUAUCAUAACUGCUUCAAGGUUCCUGUCACUGAUUCCAGGAUCUGGCUCAUCUAAUGGCUGGUCUCUAGUGGUUGCAUUUUCUCUGGACUGUGGGCCAUUUCCCCUUAUUUUGUCCAGAGCCUGGAAUGUGUCAUCUUCCUUCAGAGGGUUACUGGGAUCUUGAUGUUGUUGUGUCUGUGGGUAUUUUUCAAAUAGAAAAUUUUCUUUCUUUGAAGGAAACAACAAGCUAGAGUGAUCAGAAAUAUAAUCACGAUUAAAAUUUUUUCUUUGUUUUCCAGAA